GUCCUAUUGUUUUGUUUAAUGAAAUUUAAUGUUUUGAUGAGCAGUGAUGUGAUGUGAUGUGAUAAUAGGAAUAUUAAAUCAUUCUUUCAUUGGUUAUGAAAUAUAUCUAAAUAUUUAUUAUCGGAUAUAAAGCUACUGUAUAACGCUAUUCUAUGGUGUUCCUGAAAAUAUUACAUUAUUUUGUCCCUUAAAAAAACUGGAAACCCUAAGGGAAGAAAUGAAGGCCUCACCUUCACAAAUUUUUAAAGAAGCUGAGACACUCAAAGCUUCUUUACUGGGUGAGAGCCUAUCCAGUUCAGACAAUUGGCAGAAGCGACAAGAAUUAUGCCACCUGUUGGAAUCUCUCCUCCUCAUCGAUCUAGAUUAUGCCCUUGACAAGAAAGUUGAACAAGAUCUUUGGAGUUUCAUAUUCCGAAAUCCUAUAUCAGCUUGCCAGUCAAAGGCGAGGGAGCACAAGAAGUCUAACCACAGCUACAUUAGCAGCCAACUAUCUACUUUGUUGGAAACUGCAAGUGGAUUCUAUCUUCAACUUCUUCAAAAAUUAUGUUGCGCAUAUGAUAUAGACCUACCUUGUCACCCUAGAGACUCUGUUUAUGGACUGACAAAAGAAUGGAUAAGCAGCUAUCCUGUAGCUCACCAGCCUCGAAAAACAUCACUUUUUUACAUCUGCCAACAUUGCCUUGUCCAUUUGGGUGAUAUAGCUCGAUACAGGGGACAGUCUUUGCAAGCUGAAAAUUUUUAUCGUCAUGCAGUUGACUUAGUUCCUAGCAAUGGUCAACCAUACAACCAGCUGGCUUUACUAGAAGCAGCAAGUGGAGAGAAACUUUCAACCGUCUUUUUCUAUGUCCGAAGUUUAUGUGUGCAACAUCCAUUCCCUUUAGCUGCAACAAACUUACAAAAUCUGUUCUCAAAAAUGUCUUCAGAUGGAAGUGGCCCAGAAGGAAAAGUCCGAAUGUCUGCCUUUGAAUAUGUCUCAAUGUUUCUGCAAUUCCAUGCUGUUGUUCAUCUUAAUAAUGAUCUCAAGAAAACAGAACCAAUAAUUAAUAAAUUAACAUCUUCUCUCCCUGCACUUAUUAUUGCUGAAAAGUUUGAAACGUGGCAGCUUGUACAAAUGAUAACUGUAUGCUUGUUUGCCAUUGAGCAUGCAUGGGGAACUAUGGAUAUUGACAGAAAUGUGACUAAGUUUGAUGAGACCAUGUUAAGCCUUGAGGAACUUAAAGCAGCCUCUUUAGUUGAGGAAUUGUUAGCGAGCAUGCUUCAUGCAUUUUUACUUCCUGUGCAUGCCUCCCUCGAACCCAAAGAGACUGCAAGUUACUACACACUUCCAGCCAUCAAAAUUGUACUUGACUGGCUUCUGCAAGAUCCUCAACUUCUGCAGCAUGAAGCCAUUGCUAAAAAUCCUCAAGUUUGGCAUGGACUUUGUAAAUUGUUGAAUGAUUUGGAUGUGACAACCAAAGAAACUUAUGAUCUCAAGAAGUUGGAAGAUAUUCCUCUUCCUGAAGAUUGGGACCUUCAGGCUUUCUUGCCUUUGAAGAAAUCACAAAGGAGACUUAAAUUCAGCUUGAAUGCUGCAACGCCCAGCGAGGAAGAGUCUACUUGGCUCCGUUCUGUGAGGCUCUGCAAAUUGGGAGAAUGUUUGGCCGGAGUGGACAAAGAAGGGAAGGAGGGGUUGAAUUUAUUGUCCCUCUCUCAGUGUGAGGAAGGAAAAAGAGUCUUCAAAGCAGUUCAUCAAACUGAAUCUCUCUCUGAAGAAGUGUUGCAACAAAUUCAGGAGCUGACAAUCAACCCAAGUCCUUCAAAUUCCACCAAUGAUGCUCCAGCAUUGAUGAAUGGAAGUGCAUCCAUUUUAGAAGUCGGGAGCAGCAGCACAUCCUUGCGUUCAAAACCUACCCACAAUGAGAUGCAGCAAGAGGUGCGCUUCAAACUGGAUGACACUCCUCAUCAGAGGAAGUCAGAAACAAAUAAUGAGAAAGAGAGACACACUAAGGAAAGCAACAGAAGAAGGCAGAAUGUUGCUAUGCAGGCUAUUCUACAGCAACGUGCUGCUCAAACUUCAUCUUCUAAUCAUGUUCGAAAUCAAGAUACUGGGAAAGAAACAAAUGUGUUGCUUCAUCAAGAAACAAUGAAUCGACAAAAUGCUCGACCACAAAAUCAUUUGGAUGCUGCGCAUGUCAUUCGUAACAUCGACAACAGUGCCAUUCCCCAAUCUGUGAAAGAGGUGAAUAUGAAUCGACCUUCUCUUCACCAUAUGGUGCCUCCCGAACAAUUUAAUCAAUUUCAAGCCCAAACUCAUCCUGUGGGAGGUGUUCAACCCUGUGAAAGAAAUGAUGCAUGGCUACAACAAUUCAACAUCCAUCAAACUGGGAUCAAUUCUGUCAAUAGAAUGACUCACGAUAACAGCGCAUCCGUUCCAAACUACGUUCAAAAUGCCAUGCCGAGAAUUAUCAGAGCUCCAGGACCCAAUUUUAAUUUCCAACAGCAGCCCCCAGCCCAGCAGUCACAGCCGAACCAAAUGCUGACAAAAGCUGUUCCCGCCCAGGCCAACACAUUUAUCACCAACCCACCCAAUGUCUUGUGGAAUUACAUGGGAUUCGUUACACCCUACCAACAAGCUGCUAAUCCUGCUCAAGCUAGUGCUCAGAUCAUCGUUCAACAGGGCACCAAUCCACCUUCACAACCUCCCCCUCGUCAGCAGCCCAGUUUCUACCUCGUAAAUGGAGCACAACAGGACCUGAAUCAGCUGGAAGCAGCUUCUAAUUUGUUGCAUGCCUAUAGGAAUGCUUCAGGGGGAUCUCUCUUGCAGCAACAGCCACCUGACAUGAUACGUGAUCAGGUACAAGAACACCUUGCGGGCCGUAUGUGGCAACAGAGCAUGGAGAACGGGAGGAACGAUAUGUCGACCAGCCACAUGGGUGUCAAUCAGGUUGUUGGUCGUCCCGUAUCUCAGAAUUUGCAGAGUACAUUAUCAGCGCAGCAGAUUCAGAAUGCCAAUGGAUCUUCUGCUCUCUCCCAUGACUUAGGUUCCAACACCUACUCUCUUUUCAACUCCCCUUGGCCACCAAACAUGGCAGCAGUCUCUCGACAACCCUCUAAAGAAGGUCAGCAUGGCAACAUUGAGCCACUGUUCAUGCAGUCCAGAAUUCAGUCGCUGUGGUCGGGUCCUGGGCCAUCUCCCCUGGAGCGCCUACUGGAACAACAGAAGCAGAGACGUGAUGGUGCUACACAGUGAGCCCACAGCUGACGUGUUCACUUUUGUGAAAGAGUCCAAUUACAUAUUCUUUCAGUCAUUUAAUAAAAUAGAUGGCAGAUCAAAUUGCCCUCCUCUCUAUGAAAAAAUAAAAAUAAAGAUGCUUGACGACAGCUAAAAGGCAUCCAGCAGAAGGGAGGAGGAGCUCAGAAGAUGAGCGCUAUUCUGCACUGUCAUGAGGCACUGCAUCAGAAUUCCUUUUACAUAUUAAAAGGUGUGCUUUGUUCGACCAAAUACAUGCUCACUAUAGUUGUGCAUUACAAAUAUUAUUAUUAUCAACUACUAUUUACAAGCUCAUUCUCUGCAGACAGGGUUGAGUUGUUUUUUAUGGUAGCUUUUGGGAUCUACGCACGACUUUUCAUGUCAAAUCACAUGCUUAGUCGGAUUUUUGUUUCUAAAAAAAAAAGAGAGAAUACAAAAUCAAACUAAGGGAUGAAAAAUCCUUUUGUUCGCUUCUUUGAAAUUCAAAUAGGAUCGCAAUGUGUACAUAAGUAGCCUAUUUGGGUUUUAGAACGGAGAAUUUCUUUUUUUGCACUAUUACUCUAAAAGCUUUAUUUUUGAAAGAAAAAAGUAGAGACCUUUUUCGAAGUUCACGGAGACUGGAUAUAGAUUUUAAUCGGUCAUUUUAAAACGAUUUUUAAGUGCCAUCCAA